AUGGAAGCUGUUGAACAAUUCAAAAAGACGUUGUCCCAACUAACGUUCAACUCCAGACCUAUCAUCGAUGCAUUGACUGCAGCUGCGGGUUCUAAUGUAGAAGUGGCUGACCAAAUCCUUGAUGCGAUUACAGCUAGAAUUUACCAGGUUAAACCAAUUGAAAAACUAUUCACAUUGUACCUUCUUGAUUCAAUUUGUAAGACUGUAAAUAAUCCAUAUAAUAUAUUAAUCGGUGACGAGGUUUUCAAACUUUUUAGUCAUGUUUAUCUUUUAUCUGAUGAGCUGGUUCGUGGGAAAUUGAGUAAUUUAUUCAUUACCUGGAAACAGACAAAGACAAGAGAUAAAUUACCACUUUUCCCUGUUAAUCAAUUAGAAAAGAUUCAGCAAUUUUUAGAUAAAGCCCGAAAUAAUGAAAAUGAAAGACUUGUCAGAAUAAUAGAUGAAUUAGUUCCAACAUUCGAGAGUAAAUUGAAUAAUCAGUAUAGUGAUAAAUUAAGAGAAAAGUUAGAAGCCUUAAAACAAUUAAGAAACAUAUUGAAAACUUCAACAUUAAAGAAGAAUGAAUUACAAAGUAUCGAAAGUCAGUUGAGUACUAUAAAACAACAAGAAUUAGGUAGUCCCUUGCCUCCAAACGUAUCAAUAAAAUCACCAACCAAAUUACCCUCAUCAUUGCCAAUGGCUCCUUCAUCAUUACCAUCUGCUCCUUCAUCAUUACCAUCUGCUCCUUCAUCAUUACCAUCUGCUCCCUCAUUGCCUAAUAAUCCAAAAUUACCAGUCGUUCCUUCAUUACCUUCAAUGCCAGCUUCUUUACCUUCAAUGCCUUCAUCCUUGCCCUCAAUACCUCAUCAAUCACCUGUGCAAGAACUGAUGGAAAUUGACAAUUAUGAACCUGACUUCCAGAACGGUAAUAAUUAUAACGGUAAUAACAGUAAUAAUGGAAGUAGCUUUGAUGCUCCAUCAUUCCCCACAAAAGCUAACGAAAUUUUUGAUUCUUUAAUUAACGUAGGUAUAAUAACGUUUGAACAAGAUUUCAAAGGUCCUAGAACUUUUGAUAUAAACUAUCCUAAAGUAAUAAAUAGAUCUACUGGCUUGAUGGAAACCAUCAAAAAUAGUCAAGUCCCUAGAAAUGACUAUGAAAAAUUGAAGUUUAAUGAAUUAUCGAAAUUCAAAAUCGAUAACUUUCAAGGUUUUAUCAAUAACAGCAAAUUAUCCAUUCAAUGUAAAAAAUUACUUUACGAUUCCAAGAAUUUGAAAUGUCUGAAUUGUGGGAAGAGGUUCAAUAAUAAUGAAUUGGAUAAAAAGAAGUUACAUUUAGAUUGGCAUUUCAGAAUCAAUAAAAAAUUCAAAAACGGAUCUGUACAAUCGAGAAAUUGGUACUUGGAUGAAGAUGAAUGGGUCAAAUUCAAAGAUGAAAACUUAUUAGAAUUUCAAAUUAGUGAAAAUCCAAUUGUUUCUCAACCUAUUGUGGAAGAAGAAGUACCUUAUGUGGUUAUACCAUCAACUGAAACUAAUAUGAAUAACAAAUGUCUUAUUUGUAGAGAAAUAGUUAAAGGUACAUUCAAUGAUGAUUUGGGUGAAUGGUGUUGGGUUAAUUGUAUUGUUCCACCUGGAGAAACAAGUCCUAGGAUUGUUCAUGCUAAUUGUUAUAAUGAAACAAAGAAAAGACAUGGUGAUGAUUUAAAUGGGAUCGUUAAAAGAGAAAAGCUUACAUAA